UUAUUCGCACGGGAACGACUAUACGCAAUAGGAAACUGAGAUAAACAGCCCACUCCACAGUGACAGUGGUCUUAAAUUGAUAAACAACUGAUUAGCAAAUGUUUAUGUCUGUUUAUUUCUAAAUAAUAGUAAAAGAUAUUCUUUAAUAAUUUUAAAACUAUGUCUUCUGCAUUUGUUCGUGUACCAUGGUAGGAAGUUUGAUGUAGCGUGACCUCGAGUACUGUAGAUGUUGGGAUAAAUCAAAGAUACUUGUAGCAAGAUACUUCUGACCUUUACAGUGAUUCUCUAUUUCCUGUGUGGUCGUCAUGUCCCAGCCGUCCAUCUCGCUGAACACAGGGGCACAGAUGCCUCUGCUGGGCCUGGGCACUUUCCGGCUGCGCGGCUCGGAGGAGGUCCACCGGGCUGUGGAUGCGGCGCUCGCUGCCGGCUACCGUGCUUUUGACACGGCGACUGUGUACCGAAACGAGGCUGACCUGGGCCGUGCACUGCGUGAGCUGCUGCCCAAGUACAGGCUAACACGGGGUGACAUAUUUCUCACUAGCAAGCUGGGACCCCGAGAUCAGGGUCCCAGCGCUAGAGAGGCGUGUCUACAAAGCCUCAUGCAGCUCGGGUUCGAGUACAUCGACCUGUACCUGAUCCACUGGCCGGGUACUCAGGGGCUGGCCGUGGGCGAUGGCCAUAAUAUGAAGAAUCGCACCCAGAGCUGGAGGGUGCUUGAGGAGUUCCAUGCCAGUGGGCAUUUCCGUGCCAUCGGAGUGUCGAAUUAUACCCCAAAGCACUUGCAGGGGCUUCUCCAAGCCUGCAGGGUGCCCCCUGCUGUCCUCCAAGUAGAGUUUCACCCUAAGUUGGCCCAGAAAGAGCUCAGGGAGUUGUGUGGGAAUGCUGGCAUCUGCUUUCAGGCCUACUCCUCCCUCGGGACAGGGACCCUAGUGACGGAGCCAGUGGUUUUGUCUGUGGCCGACGGGUGCAGACACAGCCCUGCGCAGGUGCUGCUUCGAUGGGCAGUGCAGCAGGGUGUGCCCGUGCUGCCCAAAUCCUCACGGCCAGAGAAGCUGCUGGAAAACGCACAGAUCUUUGACUUUGAGCUGAGCGAAACGGAGAUGAGGAGACUGUCUGACCUCGACUGUGGGUUGAAAUACUGCUGGGACCCUUCAUCUGUGGUGUAGGAUUGUAGCAAGGGCUGCUCUUUGCUCUUUAGGAAGAUCUAGUGGUGGCUUAUUCCCCUAUUUGGGUGUGCAGCCUCAAGACAGGUUUACAACCUUUUGACACAGAAGCAAGCCUUUUUUUUGGUAUUCAGUUGCUGCCUGUAUCCAAAAACUAGUUUUGCGGACCAAAGUUUAAGUACCUCAGUCUGAAUUCUUCUUGACUCUACAGAAGCACUGUUUUACUGUUGAUGCUGAAGUACAGAAAUACAUGGGUACAUACUUGAAAGUAGUCUAUUGUUUGUGGGAAAAACACUAAUCACAAAGUAAACAUUUUUGUACAAUCAGGAUCUGAAAAUGCAAAGCCAUUUUGUAUUUUUUAAAAGUGGAAAUAAAGGCAGUUCUUCAGCUUAUUUCA